UAAGAGAACUGCAUUUCCCAGAGGGCAAUGUGGCUUGCCAGUUUUUCCCGUGCUCCUCUCGGCCGGCGCUCCACUCGGCGCUAUAGCAACGGUAGUUAGCGGCCUGGAAAGCGAGGUGAUAGGCCAUGUCUGGUCCCAGUGAUGAGACUGCAGGAGACCUGCCUGUGAAAGAUAUAGGUCUAAACCUCUUGGGAGUGGGAGGGUUACAAGAAACUUCAGCAGCUCGAACAAUGAAGUCCCGCCAGGCAGUGUCACGUGUCAGUCGUGAGGAACUGGAAGACAGAUUUUUGCGUUUGUGUGAUGAGAACAUUUUACUUAAACAGCAUGCCCGUAAGCAAGAGGAUAAAAUUAAAAGAAUGGCCACCAAGUUAAUACGGUUAGUUAAUGACAAGAAAAGAUAUGAGCGGGUUGGUGGCGGCCCCAAGCGGCUGGGACGAGACGUGGAAAUGGAAGAAAUGAUUGAGCAGCUGCAAGAGAAAGUUCAUGAGCUUGAGAGACAAAAUGAAGCCCUAAAGAACAGAUUAAUUUCAGCCAAACAGCAACAGCAAGUCCAGGGUUACAGACAAACUCCAUACAACUAUGUUCCAUCUCGUGUUAAUGCUGGGCGGAGAAAAGCAAAUGAAAAUACAGGUUUACACGAAUGCCCCAGGAAAGGUAUAAGGUUUCAGGAUGCUGAUGUACCAGAAACUACACAACCCAUGCUUACAAAAUAUGGCAAUAGUUUACUUGAAGAAGCCAGAGGAGAAAUAAGAAAUUUAGAAAAUGUUAUUCAAUCACAGAAAGGCCAGAUAGAGGAGUUAGAGCACUUGGCUGAGAUCCUGAAAACUCAGUUGAGGAGAAAAGAAAAUGAAAUUGAGUUAUCUCUUCUUCAGCUUCGAGAACAGCAAGCAACAGAUCAAAGAUCAAAUAUUCGGGACAACGUAGAAAUGAUUAAGCUUCAUAAACAGCUAGUUGAGAAAAGCAAUGCUCUUUCAGUAAUGGAAGGAAAAUUUCUUCAGCUUCAAGAGAAGCAAAGAACUCUCAGGAUCAGCCAUGAUGCACUGAUGGCAAAUGGAGAUGAGCUAAAUAUGCAACUCAAAGAACAACGUUUAAAAUGUUGCAGUCUUGAGAAACAAUUACAUUCCAUGACAUUUUCUGAAAGAAGAAUAGAAGAGCUGCAGGAUAGAAUUAAUGAUUUAGAAAAGGAACGAGAACUUUUAAAGGAAAACUAUGAUAAACUUUAUAACAGUGCCUUCGGUGCUGCCCAGGAAGAGCAAUGGAAGUUAAAGGAACAGCAGCUGAAAGUACAGAUUGCUCAGCUUGAGACUGCCCUAAAAUCUGACUUAACCGACAAAACCGAAGUCCUUGACAGAUUAAAGACUGAAAGAGACCAAAAUGAGAGACUCAUUCAAGAAAAUAGAGACCUACAGUUACGGUAUCUGGAACAAAAGCAGCAACUUGAUGAACUUAAAAACCGCAUGAAGUUUUUUAACCAGGGAAGUGAUAUUAAUGCUGAUGAAUUGAGUGAAGCUCUCCUGCUUAUAAAGGCUCAGAAAGAACAAAAAAAUGGAGACCUUUCCUUUCUAGAGAAAGUAGAUGGCAAAAUAAAUAAAGAUCUAGAACGUUCCAUGAGAGAGCUGCAGGCAACUCAUGCAGAAACAGUGCAAGAACUUGAAAAGACAAGAAACAUGCUAAUUAUGCAACACAAAAUUAAUAAAGAUUACCAGAUGGAAGUUGAGGCAGUGACCCUAAAGAUGGAAAACUUGCAGCAAGAUUAUGAACUCAAAGUGGAACAAUAUGUUCAUCUUCUUGAUAUCAGAGCUGCACGUAUCCAGAAAUUAGAAGCCCAAUUAAAGGAUAUUGCCUAUGGUACCAAGCAGUACAAAUUCAAACCAGAAAUCAUGCCAGAUGACUCUGUCGAUGAAUUUGAUGAAACUAUCCACCUAGAACGGGGCGAAAAUCUGUUUGAAAUCCAUAUCAACAAAGUAACCUUUUCUCCAGAAGUUUUGCUGGCAUCUGGAGAUGAAGAGCCUGUCACUUUCUGUACCUAUGCUUUCUAUGAUUUUGAACUACAGACAACCCCUAUAGUACGAGGCCUUCACCCACAAUAUAACUUCACUUCUCAGUAUCUUGUUCAUGUUAAUGACUUAUUUUUGCAAUAUAUUCAGAAAAAUACUAUCACUCUUGAAAUUCACAAAGCUUACAGCACAGAUUAUGAAACAAUCGCAGCAUGUCAGUUGAGAUUCCAUGAUAUUUUAGAAAAAAGUGGUAGGAUAUUUUGCACAGCAACUUUGGUUGGAACUAAAGGAGACAUCCCAAAUUUUGGCACAGUAGAAUACUGGUUCAGAUUAAGAGUACCCAUGGACCAGGCAAUUCGACUUUAUCGAGAACGGGCAAAGGCUUUGGGAUAUAUAACAUCAAAUUUUAAGGCACCAGAGAAAAUAAAAUCAUUAAGUCAGCAAGUACCCAAAACUGCUCAGCUCAGUUCAACAGAUUCCACAGAUGGCAACUUAAAUGAACUCCACAUUACAAUAAGAUGUUGCAACCACCUGCAGUCCCGAACCAGCCACCUGCAGCCACACCCAUAUGUUGUAUACAAGUUUUUUGAUUUUGCAGACCAUGACACAGCCAUCAUUCCCAGUAGCAAUGAUCCACAGUUUGAUGAUCAUAUGUGUUUCCCAGUGCCAAUGAACAUGGAUUUGGAUCGAUACCUUAAGUCAGAGUCUCUGAGUUUUUAUGUGUUUGAUGAUAGUGAUACCCAGGAGAAUUUUUACAUAGGAAAAGUCAAUGUGCCUCUGAUUUCACUGGCACAUGACAGGUGUAUCUCAGGGAUAUUUGAGUUAACAGAUCACCAAAAGCAUCCUGCAGGUACCAUACAAGUUAUAUUGAAAUGGAAACUUGCUUACCUUCCACCAACUGGAUCAAUAACUACUGAGGUCAUAGAAAAUGUCCCACAGGAAGAUGAGCUAGAAGCUGUGCAGAGACUACCUUCAACACCCUCUGUUAGCACAUUAGUUGCAGCACCAAGACCUAAACCAAGACAACGUCUAGCACCUGUGGAGAAGAAGGUGUCUUUUGUGGAUACCAUACCACAGAGUUGUGAAACGUCUACUCCUCUAGAAGAUUUGAAAGAAAUCUCACCAGAAGAGCAGACACCAGAAAUGGAAAUUAUUAUACCCAAUGCUUUACAUAUUGCCAAGGGUUCACAAGAAAGUAGUGGAACUAAGGCAAAAGAGAAUACUGAGAAAACACAGCAAGGAAAAGAAGACGACUUUUCCUUGCUGUCUGAGGGCCAGCUUGCCGAGCAAAGCCCAGCUUCUUCUGAGGAUGAAACUGAAGUCACAGAAGAAUUAGAACCAGAAGAUGAAGAUAGAUCAGAUUCUGAUAGUGAUGACUGUAUUAUUUCAGACCCUGUCUUCAAGAAUAAACAGACAUCAAAGAACAUUCGGAUUGAGAUCAUAGCUCUAAGCCUUAAUGAUUCUCGAAUAACUACAGAUGACACCAUCCAGCGGCUGUUCGUUGAGUGCCGAUUCUACAGUCUUCCCGCUGAAGAGACACCUGUAUCACUUCCAAAACCCAAGAGUGGUCAGUGGGUCUACUAUAACUAUUGCAAUGUGAUCAGCAUGGAUGAAGAAACCAACCAAGCAAAGAGAGACAUCUUAAAAGCUAUACUACUAAAGCAAAAAAUGCCUAACCAAAGCAUUCGCUUCACCGUGGUCAGCGACCCUCCAGAGGAUGCACAGGAUCUGGAAUGUGAGGACAUCGGUGUUGCUCACAUCGACCUCGCCAACAUGUUCGAAGAAGGAAGAGACAUCAUCGAGCAGAAUAUUGAUGUUUUUGAUGCGCGAGCAGAUGGUGAUGGCAUUGGCAAGCUCAAGGUGACAGUGGAGGCGCUGGAUGCCCUACGGUCUGUCUACGAGCAGUACAGAGAGGACUUAGAGGCUUGAAAGAAGCAGCUCCAGAGGCAUCUCCUACUUCUAAGUAAAUGCCCACAUGAAAGCUCUUAGAUGAGAUUUUCUGUAAUUACUCUGGUGUAUAUAAUCUAUAAUUCAUGGGGCGCUGGGAGGGUGAGGCCUGGGUUUGGGUUUGAAAUGUUCAAGUUUUGUAUAGCUUUUCAUUUGUUUAUUUUUCUAUUCCCUCCUUCCCAUGACUGCUACCCCUGAGGACUGAAGUUUCUGCAAUGGGCAACACCUUCUCAAUAAUUUAUACCUACACGAUAGCUUGAGAAAAUCUAUUUGCAUUUUCAACAUUUCCUAUGAAGAACUGAGAUGCAAUUCCCAUUUUUAUUUUUAAUAAGCAAAAGCAUAAAUCUUAGAAAAACCAAUGAAAAAAAAAACACUUUUAUGUUAUCCCUAAUCAUCCCACUAAAUGGAGUGUCUGUGAUUAGUCUCAUUAAGAGUUUUAUACUGUGAAGAUUUUAUUAGAAGCAAUAUAUGAAAAUUACUUGGAUUAAUGUGUUAAUCUUCCUCUUUAAAAUGCUAAUAUCCAUUUUAUACACAUUAAAGCUCAGUAUGCAUUUUCUUUGAUGCAUGCAGUUUCUAUCAAUUAAAUAUAAAGAAGGAGACUUGACACCAACUUAUCAAAUUACUGCAAGGGGCUUUUUUGUUUCUGUUUCUUGAAAAUUAUAUUUGUAUUGCUUUCAUGUAUUUGCAAUAAUAUGGGAUCUAGAGGUGUGUCUGUAUUAUUGGAUGGAUGUUGGAAUGGAAAAUUCACACUUUGGAAACUUAGCUUAUGACACAAAUUAUUUUAAAUAUGACUAAAUUCUGCUAUACUUAGGCCUGAAAGAAGUAUCUUUUAUCAUUUUUUUAAACUUACAUCAAGCUAAUACAAUGCUGGAGUGCAUGUGGAUAACCAGAUCCUCAAAAAGCAGCGGAGAAAGUUAAUUUUCUAGCUUUACCCAAUCUCACUGAAGGAUUUAAUUGAUAUUUUUAAUGGAGCUGUGAAUCAAUGCUGCAAAGGAAUUGUCUCUAGAGGUCUAGGAUAUAAUGCAUUUCAUUUUUUAAUUUACUUUUUUAUUUGUCAUUUUCUUCAAAGGAUUUUUAUAGGCUGUGGGUUUUCACUGUUUGCAAACAGGCUAUGUUCCUUCUUAAGCAUAUGUAAAGUAUUCAGGGAGAUAAGUAAUUUAUUAAAAUCUACCUAAUUUGCCGUGAUAUAUUAAAUCUCUGCUUCAGUGAUCACAGACCAUUUCAUUUAGAGAAUUAGGCAUUCCCUCUUUGUGUGAUUAAAGCUCUGGAAAAUGA